ACUCGCUUUAUUCUAGCGUGAGAAACACGCUCUCAAACCCCAAACCCGAACUUUAUCUUCUCCGGUGGAAACUCUGGCCGGCGGCCACUUUCCGUCCAAAUCAACAUGGAUUCCGGCGACUUCUUCGCUGGCGAUUAGUUGCCGGAACCUAAAUCAACAUUCUGAUUCGUCAAACUUCCAUUAAACCUUGUUAAUUCCGUUCAUACACACACUGUCAUUGUGAUUUCUAUGGCGUCUGCAGUUUUAACAAGCAGAAAUGAUCAUCGAUCGAGUGAUUACAUCACUAACUUCACGAGAUUACAAAAUUUUCCAAACCGAAACCCUAACCCUAAAUGUAACAAUUUCUUCGUCGGAAACACCAGCAGUAACGUGAUUUGUAAACCUAAUCAACAGCAAACCGCAUUCAUCCGUUCAUCGAUCAAUCCACCGGCCAAUUCCGUUCCGGCGAGCUCGUACGGCAACGGCUACAGGUACAUUACGUUCCGAAUCAGCUCGUACACUAAAACAGAGCUUCAAAACCUCAAAAAACGGUUAGUUUCAGAUCUACAACGUGUACGGAUCCUCCAGCAAUGGAUCUGCUUAACCACGACGGAGAAAUUGUUGAAAUAUCAUCCGCCGGAGCUGAACAUACCGGCAGUUACAGCACCUAACCGUUCUGUUGGCCGGAAACGUUCGAAUCCGGCACCGCCGGUGAUGAAGAUGAAGAUGAAGAAACAGUGUGGUGGCAGUGGUGGCAGGAUGACGUCAGCGCAGAGGAGGAAGAUGAUGAUGAAGAAAUGUGAACAGAUUUUAGGUAAAUUGAUGAUGCAUAAGCACGGUUGGGUGUUUAAUACUCCGGUGGAUGCGGUUGCGUUAAAGUUGUAUGAUUAUCAUAGUAUUAUUAGUAAUCCGAUGGAUUUAGGGACUAUUAAGUGUAAACUUGCUAGAAAUGUGUAUGAAUCUGCACUUGCAUUUGCGUAUGAUGUUAGAUUGACGUUUCAGAAUGCCAUGGUGUAUAAUGGUAAAGGUUCUGCUGUUUAUAUCAUGGCAGAGCGUUUGCUUUUGAUGUUUGAAGGUUUGUUUGAAUCAAUGCAUCAGAAACAUUUUGUUAAUCAAGUGAAUAGAGUGAAGAAGCAGAAUCAGUCUGCUGGUGUACCGGUUUCAAUCGAAAAGGUUUCUCAAGGUGCGGUGGUUAGGGUAUCGAAGAGGCCGGAGAUGACGGAUGAGGAGAAAGCGGAUCUGGCGGAGAGUUUUUGUAACUUGCAGUUAGGGCCUGAGGGGAUGAAUCAGAUAAUGUCUAUUAUGAACAAGGGGGUUAGGGGUUUGGAACACCAAGGGGAUGAAAUCGAGCUUGAUCUCGCGGUUCUUGAUAACGAUACGCUCUGGGCGCUGCACGGUUUCAUUGCCCGGGCGCGUGCGGGGCUUGUUGCGAAUUUGGUUUCUUCGGUACAGGCUGAUCAACCAUCUGGAGAGGAGGAUGUUGAUAUAGGAGAGGAUUAUGUUGAUAUAGGAGAGGAGAUGCAAUUGACGGUUUUCCCUUCGGUUGAGAUCGAGAAGGAUGAUGUGAAUGUUAGUAGCAGUGAGUCGAGCUCGGACAGUGAUUCGUCGUCAAGUGAUUCUGGUUCUGGGAAUAGCUCUAAUGAGCAGGAGGUGAACUCAACACCAAAGGUGGGUCCAUGAUUGAGGUUUUGAAGGCAGGAGAUAUGAGUUUUUUGCAGAUGUAGAGGAUAGAUGUAAAGGAAUUAACAAGAUUGACUGACGAAAGGAAGAAAUUGUAGUUAAUUAGGAAGCUUAUGGGGGGAGGUUAAUGUAAUGACAGUUAGGAGGAAUAUGGUAAAAGAUGCAGGAAGUAGGCAUAGAUGUGUAAAUAGGAGAAGUAUCUUGCAGUAAAUGAAAAAUAUUUUGUGGGUUCAUGAUUUCUUUUCCCCUUGUGUUUUUCUUAGCAUCCAGUUCCAUAUUGUGCAUAAAUGUUGGAGAAUUUGUAUCAGCUGGAUUAAAGGUUUGAUUGCUAGUGGCAGCCUCAAGGGUAAGAUGUGAUAGGACUGAAAUGAACCAGAGAUUGAUCAAGAGAACCUUUGGCCUGUGUGCUGGAGCUGUAUUUCCCCACGCGAGAGGCGCAGCAAUGCGACGAACAUGCGGCACCAAUUUGAGUGCAAGUGAUGGCUGUUUAGGAGCUUUUUUUUGCGCUUCACAGUUGGGUUUAAUUGUUGGUUUAAGAUUUUACAUAGAGCGUGUAUGGUUGCACAAAGACAUUGAUACUAGUACAUUGAGAAACUUGUAUAGCUGUAUUUAUAGUUUGUAUAGUCACACAGACAAGACAAAAGGAAAGUAUGUGAAGCGAGGACCAUGUAUAAGGCGGAGAAGGGCCUCAAGGGGUUUGUGGUGAUUGUUUGGCCUAGACAACCUCAAUACAUUGGCUCGUGGACUAAUUCAAAUAACGUGGGGUUCCAUUUGGGGCCGAAAGUUCCAUUUGAGCCUCUGUUGGCUAA